CAGCGAGAGACGGAGAGAGAGAACAAGAGAUAGAGAAAGAGGGAGAGAGAGAACAAGAGAGACAGAGAGAGAGAACAAGAGAGAUAGAGAGAGGGAGAGACGGAGCGAGACGGAGAGAGAACAAGACAGCGAGAGACAGACGGAGAGAGAGAACAAGAGAUAGAGAGAGAGAGACGGAGAGAGAGAACAAGAGAUAGAGAAAGAGGGAGAGAGAGAACAAGAGAGAUAGAGAGAGGGAGAGACAGAGCGAGACGGAGAGAGAACAAGACAGCGAGAGACAGAGACGGAGAGAGAGAACAAGAGAUAGAGAGAGAGACGGAGAGAGAGAACAAGAGAUAGAGAAAGAGGGAGAGAGAGAACAAGAGAGAUAGAGAGAGGGAGAGACGGAGAGAGCGAGAACAGAGAGAGAGAAAGAGCGAGACGGAGAGAGAGAACAAGACAGCGAGAGACAGAGACGGAGAGAGAACAAGAGAGAUUGAGAGAAAGAGGGAGAAAGAGAACAAGAGAGAUAGAGAGAGAGAGAGAGAGAGGGUGAUAGUCUUUAUUCAGAAAGGCAUUUGAAGCGGGAGGGAGGACAGAGAAAAGCUGUAGAGGAGAGCUGAACUGAACAAGCUGCUGAAAGGAAGCUUCAGUUCCCGGUCAAGACUUCUACUCCACAUGCUUGGAAGAUGUCCUCCCCAACCCUGGAGCCAAUCUUCUCCACCCCAACCCCUACCAGCGACUCCCCCAGCAUCAGCCCUCCAGACCCAGCCUUCAACAGCAGCCUCCCCCCUUCCUCUCUCUCCAUCGCAGUGCCCAUCUUCACCAUGACCCUCGGUGCUGUCUCCAACAUCCUCGCCCUGGGGAUCCUGCUCCGAUCCUACAGUCGUUACCGCCGUCGAACCAAAGCUACGUUUCUCUUCCUGGCCAGCACUCUGGUUUUGACCGACUUCGCUGGCCAUGUGAUUCCUGGGGCGUUCGCACUCAGGCUAUACGCGGCCCGCAUGCAAUGGGACUCUAUUGACCGUUCGGGAGUCUUGUGCCAGCUGUUUGGAGGCUGCAUGGUGUUUUUCGGGCUGUGCCCACUCUUUUUGGGCGGCGCCAUGGCUGUGGAGCGCUGCGUCGGACUCACAAGGCCUCUCCUGCACUCUUCUGUGGUGACCUCCGGCCAUGGCAGGCUGGCCGUGGCUCUCCUCUGCUCCCUCGCUCUCCUGGUGGCUGCCCUGCCUGUGCUCAAUGUGGGCCACUACUCCAGGCAGUUUCCUCAGACUUGGUGCUUCCUCCAAGUCCACGGUCCUCUCACUGGAGCCGAACUAGGCCUGACCCUGGUGUUCUCAGGCCUGGGCCUCGCCUCGCUCGCCGUCUCCCUGCUGUGUAACUCCCUGAGCGGGCUGGCUCUCCUGCAGGCCAGGAUGGUCAAGCCCAAGGCCUGCUCCGGCACGUCCCUCGAUAUUGAGAUGAUGGUCCAGCUCCUGGGAGUCACCCUGGUGUCGUGUGUCUGCUGGAGCCCCUUCCUGAUCUCCGUGGCUCUGUCAGUCAGCCAGUCGCUCAGCAGCUCACAGUACGACGUGCGGCACUACGAGUGGCUCAUGUUCCUGGGCGUGCGGCUGGCUUCCUGGAACCAGAUCCUGGACCCCUGGGUCUAUAUCCUGCUGCGGAGGGCCGUCCUGAGGAAGAUCUACCAGAUUGUGAUCAGGCAGGGAGACCUCAAGGGCAGCAAGCUGGGACGAUGGGAAGCCAGCUCCUUCCAGAGCUGUGAAGGGAGAGUCAUGAAGCGGGUCUGACCCACCUGCGCACACCCAUCUUCAGCUGUGCUUCAUGAACCCUCCCUGGGAAAGGAAGCAGUAGGAUCUGCACCAGGUCUAUAUCCCACAGCCUGGAUUUCAUAGCUCCAUAGCCACAGACAGCGAGUUAUUUUAUAAGUGUAAUGACGCUGCUGAAGUCCUGAAUUCUACUGAACUGUUGGCUGCAGAACCCGCGCCUUCUCGUGUGUUACUGCGUUCAUAAAAUUCUUAUUUUAAUUCCUAGUAUUUAUUGGUUUGCAGACUUCCUUAUCUGCCUAGUACUGUGUGUGCACCCAUGGCUGCUUGUUAUCAUAUUGCAAAUUUUAAAAACGCCUCCUGCAAAGCUUUAAAUAAUAAUAAUAAUAAUAAUAAUAAUAAUAAUAAUAAUAAUAAUGUAACCUGACUGCACAAUUGCGCAUGCGCACGAAUAAGUGCUUUAUUAUAAUAAAGCAAAAGCGUUCAUCACCGCACGCGACAGCGUCAGUGUCUCGUGUCUGUAGCUGCACGUGUCUGUAGCUCAAAGAAUGGGACGCGUCUUCAUUUAGUUUCGUUAAAGAUGUCUUUAGACAAUUUGUUCUUGUCUUAAAAAAAAAUUGUAAAAUACUGAAUAUAUAUUUGAAGAAGAAAAAAUAACCUUAGUAAUAAAACAUACUGGCUAAAAAGACUGGCAAAAUACAUGGUCGAGAUGUUUGUCGAAAUGUAUUCCUACAUUUAUUUUUAGUAGGACUAAGUAUAUUGACUAAUUUUAGGGAAAAAAAAUCUCUGUACAAAACCAAAUGAUAAUAAUAAUAAUUUCACCAGUAGAAAGUACACGUUUCAUAAUUAUACACCAUACGACAUGUUCCCUAACAAUUCAAAUGUCAACAUAACUGCCGCACGCAGCAUUUUGAAAAAUAAAGAUAAAAGCGACUUUA